AUGAACUUGAUGUGCAACUGGGAUAAGAACAGCCCCAAGAAAACCGCGGAUUUCCAGUUGACCUUCCCUCAGUUGACCGAGUACCCGGCCCUGUGCAAGAUGAAGCUCCGCUUCGGCAGUGAGAUCCAAGAGGCAAUCCAGUCGCGUGAAGCCGCGUUCUUGUGGGGUGAGCUGACCGAUGAUGAGAUGAUCAGCGUUGCGCUGACGACAGAGAGGAACCAGGUCAGGAUUGUCCUGAUCCAUCCAAUGAACCUGGAGCCUCUCCCCAAGGAGAUCCGAGUCGUCCUCAGGCAAAAUGACGAACUAUCAGACAUGGCUACUUUUGACAUCAAUGUCAUGGACAACAUGGAUGAAUCUAUCAUGAUGCUCGCAGGAUCAUACUCUCUCAUUAACUCCAGACAGAAUAACCGUCGUGCUACGCUUACUUUCUCCAGGCGCAACCAUCAGGACAUCCAAGCUACAUUGGACGCAGCCGUCCAACUUGAAAACACCAUCUUCAGUACCAGUCUGGUUGUAAAAUACAGCGAGGACGAACAGAAGUUGGUGGAAGCCAUGCUGCAAAUCCAGAAUACAAGUUCAUCAGAGAGUGUCGGAUAUGAUCUGGAUGUGUCUGUACGUCAUCCCAUUACCGGACUGGACAUGUCCACUGCCUUUAACUUCCUGAACAACAACAAGGCCAUUGUUCUGGGUAUGGAAGGAGAAGCCCUUCUCGCUGAAGACGUCCAACCUUACACCUUUGAGAUUAAGUGGGACAAAGUGUUGAAGAAAUACUCCAUCACUUCCAACAAUCCAAUGCAUGAGAUGCUCCUCACCGGUCAGUUUGAAGACCGCUCCUACGCCGAGCAUCAGAUCUACAGGGUGACUAUGGUCAACAGUCUGGAUGGAAAAGACAUGAGGUCUAUGGUUGACUUCAACAGCCAAUCAAAGGAGAUCUCUUACAUUGCCCAUAUCAACCCAGACCAACCUGCAGACUUUAUGCGUUUCCAAGCCGGCUACAUGAACGAGACCGCUCUCUUUGUGCUCUUGGACUCUGAGAUUGAAGGGAAGUACACCGUCGAUGCAAGACUCGUUGAAUCUCUUCAGACCUCUAAGAUCCUCCGAACUCAGCUUGAGUGGAGGCCGGAGUGGGCGGAGUUUGUCCAUUGGAAAGCAGCUCAGGUCUUGCACGACAUCCGUGUAGGUAUCGAGAGGAAUGGCAACCUGAUGCUGGAGCGCCGAGAGGCCAUGUCUGCACUCCUCCAAACCUCCAGGGAUGACUUCAUCCAGAGCAACGCCGACUACAACGCCAUCGUGGCCGAUAUAAAGCAACGUUUUGGUGUCAAGAUUGAGGAUCUUAAGACCUACUGGAGCGCCGUGAGAGAACACUCUAAUACCAAGUGGGCCGAGUAUUGGGAGCAGUUCAGGAUUGACUCAUCGGAAACCACCGAGGAGCUGAGAAGCACGCUGGACCGUCUGAGGGAGAGAUUCUCAACAUUAGCAGAAAGCUUGAAGUUUGAUGGCAGUGAAUAUGUUGACGCCACAAACCAACGUGUAAGAUCCUUCUACAAGAAUAACAUCACACCAUUGAUCAAGGAACUGAAGGAUUUAUUCAAGAGCCUGAUUGAGAAACACAACAGCCAGAUGGAUUUGCUUUUCCCGAUCCGCCACCCCUACGGAGACGACUUCCUCAUCCCUGAGCUCGAGGCAGAACCUGAGGUGUAUGAACCCAAAUAUAAUACAGAGGGAGAGGAUCCUAUCGCAGAGAAAAACAUUUUCCUGACGUCUAUCAAGGAUGUUCGAGGUGAAACCGUCCUCUCUGAGGACUCAUUGCUCUCCACAAUGACCAGGGAAAGACUGAGGAGAUUAGAGCUGGUGCAGAGCAUUGAGACACUCUGGACUGCAACAAAAGAGGAGGUCGACGCCAUGGUUGCCAAGAUUGAGGCUAGCUUCAAGGGGUCAGCAUUCUACGCAGACUUGACCGAGCAGUGGGAGGAGCUAAAGGAACGCUUCCCGGUAGGGGAAUGGCGUCAGGAGGCGGAGGCCAAGUUUGAGGAGAUCCGAGAGUCAGAAGAUGUCCAGAGGCUGAUCGCUGUCUUCAAUGAGAUCAAGGGAGAGUUAAUAUUGAGCUGGCUCAGUGAAGCCAACAAUGAAAACAUUCUGCGCAUCCAAGAGAAGAUGGCCGCUACCCUGAAAGAGUACAACUUUGACAUCCUGGACUACUUCAAGUAUCCGAUGUACGAGGUCAUCAAGUACGACAUCGAGAACGGUGAGAUCAUCGUCCUCUACCACCUCCCCGCUGAGCUUCACAGCCUCCAGACCCCGCCCGAGUCCUACCGCCGGGUCGAGAUGACCCAGCGUCUGCAGGAGAUGAUCGCCGAAGUGCGUGAACGCUCCAAGAACACACUGGGUGAUAUCAGGAUGGCCGAUGGGUCUCUGCGCAGCAUGUACGAGCUGAUGUUGUCGGAGCCGAUGCUGCUGUACCGCGAGGGAAACUUCACGGCGUGGUUUCAGGGAGAGAAGAUUAAGAUGGAGAGGAGGAUGUGGAAUGCUGUCCACUUCAGCAAGGUGUACCUCAACCCCAUCAACUGGCUUCCUCCACAUGAAGCCAAUGGCAUGAUUAUUGGCUCCAACCACUUCAUGACCUACGAUCGCACCCACUAUGACUUCAGCAGUGGCUGCAGCUACCUCCUUGCCCACGAUUUCAUCGACGGAAACUUCACCGUUGUUGUGGAUUAUGAACGUGACCUGACUGCUGGCGGUAGAAGCAAGAGCAUCGUGCUGUACUUGAAUGACACCGAUGUGUAUGAGAUCAAGCAAGACUUCACUGUUUCCCAUGGCAAGCAAUUCUUGGAGAUGCCCUUCCAACAUGGACACACCACCGUCAUGCGUUACAUCAACAGCAUCCGCAUCCACAACACCAAUGGCGUCACCAUCACCUGCGAGAUCGCCCAAGACAUCUGCACCGUAGACAUCAGCGGCUGGUACUACGGCAAGACGGCAGGUCUCCUCGGCACCUACAACUACAACGACCUGGACGACAUGACCAACAGCGAGGGCGAUAUGUCUCGCCAUCUGGAUGAGUUCACCCGCAGCUGGAAGGUUGGAAAGCGUUGCGCUGGAUCCGAGAUCGAUAGUCUUCCAGAAUGCAACAAGGACCCACAUGUUGAGGAGAAUGCUGUGUGCGCUGAGCACUUCUUGAAUGAGGUGUCUACUCUGACCAAGUGUCUCGGAGUGGUGGAUCCUGCACCAUACUACGCCAUGUGUGCUAGCAACAUGUGCCAGUUAACAGCCGAUGAUCGCAAGAAGGCAGCUUGCGUCUCGGUCAAGGCCUACGUCAACGAGUGCAACAGAAUGAUGGUCGGCAUCACUGUGCCCAAGUCAUGUGUUGUAUGUGAUUCUCCAGUUGGCGAGUACGGCCAGGACGAGAUUAGAGUUCUCUCCGAGGCUGAGCAGAUCCAGAAAUCAGCCGACGUGAUCCUGAUCGUCGAAGAGAAAGAAUGCAACAAAGACUUGACGGACAAGAUCGGCGACAUCGUCGACAUGUACGACACUGAACUCAAGAACGUCCGCCAGUUCACAGACAAUCGCUUUGGCAUUGUUGGAUUCGGCGGUGAAGGAGUGCACGAUCUUCCUCACAUCCACACCAUCGAUGGCGCCAUCUUCAACGAGAAGCGCCGUCUGCGUAUGCAAGGAUUGACCGCAUUGGAGUUUUCCGAAGAUGGAAGCAACAAUACCUUUGACGCCAUCCUAGCCGCUGCGAACUAUCCGUUCCGUGCCGGAGUCGCCAAGAACAUUGUCCUGUUGUCCUGCUCUGACUGCCAGCGUGCCUAUCACAUGGAGAAGACCUAUGCUGAUGUAUCCAGUAUGUUGAUGAGACAAGGUAUCCAGUUCAACCUGUUGCUGAAGGCAGACCUCCAGCUUGUGCCAACCCGUGCAAAGAACAACUCUCCCAAGAAUCAAGUCAUUUAUGGUAUUGACAACCGCACAGUAUUCACCAACAAGGCCCUAAACAGCGGCACCCUGUUUGGUGACAAGACAAUCCGCAAGCUGAUCAACGAGCCCAUCAAUCAGUGUGCCCUCUUGGCCUUUGAGACCGGCGGUGGCGUGUUCGACUCCACCAAGAUCGCCCAGAAGAAGUUUGUGGAUGUGCUGACCCAGAGAAUGGUGGAGCACACCCAGAUUGAAGAAUGCCAGAUAUGUAGCUGCAAGGCCUACAAUGACGGAGUCGGCAGAAGCGUGUGCGAGUCAUGUGACAUCGCCUCAGGCCCUAAUUGGUAUUUCGAGAUGCAACGCACAUUUGCCGAGACAGACUACUACAGUAGACUAGGCUUACAGACAGUGGUCGACUACAUUAACGUCAAAACCGCUGAAGUGCCAGUUAACAAAACCCCCAAGGAGCUAGGAAUUUAAUUGUUCCCCAAACAGAUAAGGGUCGGAGCUAUCUAGAAGACUUUGAUUUACACCACAGGAUUUCUUUGUAACCGCAAUCAAUUUGUUUUUAAGAUAGUCAAAGAUUCUUAUGAUUUUUUGCUGGUUUUUACUAGAAAGUUGGAACUUGUAUAAAUUUCUUCAUUGGAAUGAUUGUUUGUGACCGGUUUGAGAUGAUUUGAAGGGAUGCAGUAUUAACUUUUAUUUUUAAUUUUUAAUUAAGACAAAUUUGAUAAGGGAUUCCGUAAGAUGCUUUGUAUUUUAGAAUAUCUGGUAUGUUAUCUUGAACUUAAGCUGCACAGCUCACCCUGAGGAAAAACCAAGUUAAGACGAGUAUUCCUGAACCAUGUCGGAUGCUGUGCUUUUAAGAAGCGAUAUGCCGUCAUCUUUAAGUUGUUCAACGGACUGGUGUGUGGUCGCUAACUUGAGCAGUUCUUCUAAUCUCUUUGAAAUUUCACAUAUUCCGAGUUGAACUGCUUGACAAAUAUUCAGGCACCUCAAAUGCGUAUACAAGUUUUGAACUAAAAUGUUUUUAACUGUUACUGUGGGGAGGGGAAGGGUAAGAUCAGGAUUGCUAAUUUAGUUGUCAUUUUCACUUUCGUAAAUGUUGUCUCAAACAUUUAAUAGCUGAUUUUGCACCUAAUUAACGAUGGAAGUAGAAUGCUGCAAUUACAAUGCAAGUAAUUUAAUAAGUAAAAAAAUGCUUGAUCCAUGGACAAACUGUGAAGGUAGGUGAAGAUUUCUGUCUAACAUGAUGUUUAGGUACAUGUAGUUGUCGGAAUAACUGCCUGGUUAGUUUAUGGUAAAAAUCAGUCAUCUUUUAAACCAGUCAUCUAUAAGGGAUAAUUGAACUGGAUUGUUGACUAAAGAGCUAACCACACGACAGCAAUUUACCUGGGGUCCCUUGCUAAAUUUUAGCAUGGUUGUAAAAUGUACCAAUGUUUGACGAUAUUUUGCAAGAGAACUUGGAUAGUAGAAACAAUUGUCUCCUUUCAGACGAGGUACAUUUUGAAAACUCAUGUGUGAAAGGGGCUCUACGUAGCUUUUUGCAUGGACCUGUCAUUUUUUUCUUCAUCUUUUGACGAUUUGGAGUGAGGAAGUAAAGAAACACAGUAGUAAUGAUUUAUGUCUGUAAUUUUGUAAAAAUAAUGGUGUGAUUCGGUUUUAUUUUGUAUUAAAAAUUUUACACUUUUUAAAAACAAA